CGGCCUGAACCACACGCCUCCAAAGCUGCUAGCGCUCCGGGAGAGGAGACAUGCCCGACAAAGGAUAAAGCCGAUGUAGCAGAACCCGACCCUCAAAAUGUUUCGAGCUUUGGCCCGUGGAUGCAGGCGCAAAUGGGAAGACGUGCUGGGGGGAGGAAAAACUCAAGAGCUAAAGACGUGGCUCCCAAACAACAUGGGUAUCCUUUGCUGCGGGCACACAAGGAUAGGGGAAAAGCAAAGAUAGGGGACACACGGGACCUAAUGGAGACCGGGCCGGGCCGCGAGAAAUGUUCUGACGGAUUAGAGAUUCCCAACCCAAUGGGUGUGACGGAGAGGAACCCGAAGGGAAUGGCUAGUCCAUUAAGAACGGCAGGGAACAAGCAAGCGGGGACAAUCUCGGGUCAUAUUGAGAAGGGACAGAUGAAUAGUACUGGACCAAGACACGUUGACGCGCGAACGGAAAUGGUGUACUUGGCCCUUAAAGAAAAGACCCAUGUAGUUCCGGCUACCUCAGGCCUUGACCCAACUUGUCACACGGCAGUACGGAUUACGGAUAACCAGGUGGCAUUAGGGGGACCUAUUGCACAUGAUCCGGGAGACACCAUAAUGGUUGAGGGUCCACACGUUCUUCACCAAACCUCACCGGGACUAGAAGACGUACAUGAAGAUACCAUG